CCUCUUCUACCUCCCAGGCGGCCAGGCCGGCCGAGCACCUCGCUCACCAGCAAAAAAUCCCAGAUCUUGUGCUUCCAUGCCUCCAAGCUGCUGCUGGUUCUUCUGGGCCUGGUGGUUACCGCUGAUUCUCGCCGUCGGAGCGGCUGAUCAGCAGGUACAAGGCUGCUCCGGCUUGGCCAGGAGAUGCGGCAACCUCACCAUCUCCGACCCAUUCUGGGUCGUCAACUCCAAGACGGGAAGAUCAUGUGGUUCGCGGGACUUCGUGAUCACCUGCCUUAACAACAUCCCCCUUCUACCCAGCACCAUACCUCUAAGCGACGGAUUCCAGAUCAUGGACAUCUCUUACGAGGAAGACAGGAUGCAUGUGAUCGACCUGGACAAGAUGAGACUGUUGCCGGCCUCCAACAGCUGCAGCGAGAGGACUUGGAACAUCUCCGAGAGGCUGGCCCGACGGUUUAGGCCCGACCCCAUGAGCCUGAAUCUGAUCAUGUACAACUGCACCAACGCGUCGACGACAACGGUGUCGGCGGCACGCCGGGGCGGAGAGCUGGUGGAGACGGCGAUGAGGUGCGGGAGCGAGAGCAGCGAGUUUGUCAGAAUCGGAGGGAGUUACAACGCUUCAGAGAGCUAUGAGGGCUACUAUAUGGAAGGAUGCAUCUCUAGCUCCCUGCCAGUUCUGGGGACGUCCGGCAAGGCAAAUGCGAGCGACUACGAGCAGCUCAUCAGCGAUGGCUUCGUCCUCAGAUGGGAUCCCCCACCUCCUGCUGCUAGUGGUAGCAAGAGGACUGGCAAGAAGAUAAUACUAAUAGUUUUGACAUCGGCAUCUGUGGCCUUGCUCAUUCCAUGCAUUUAUGUGCUGAUAUGGCAUAGAAAGGGGAAAAGACUAUGGUUUCUCCUCUGCAAAAAGACCAGCAGCAGCACUGAAAGGAAUUACGAAGCCAUGAUAGUAUCUUAUGGAUCCCUAGCUCCAAAAAGAUACACGUACUCAGAGGUAAUGAAGCUAACGUCUUCUCGCAGUGAUCAGCUUGGAAAAGGUGGUUAUGGUGUGGUUUUCAAAGGAAGACUAGAUGAUGGUCGCCUGGUUGCUGUGAAAUUCUUGCAUGAGUGCAAAGGAAAUGGGGACGAUUUUGUGAAUGAGGUUAUGAGCAUUGGCAGAACCUCUCAUGUUAAUAUUGUUAACUUAUUUGGGUUUUGUUUGGAGGGAUCAAAAAGAGCACUUAUAUAUGAGUACAUGCCCAAUGGCUCCUUGGAUAAGUACAUAUACUCAGAAAAUCCCAAAGAAACUUUAGGAUGGGAGAGGCUCUAUGCGAUAGCAAUUGGGAUUGCUCGGGGCCUGGAAUACUUGCACCAUAGUUGUAAUACACGGAUUGUUCAUUUCGAUAUCAAGCCUCAAAAUAUCCUUCUAGACAAGGAUUUUAGCCCAAAGAUUGCUGACUUUGGUCUAGCUAAAUUGAGUCAUGCAAAGGAGAGCCAGCUUUCGAUGACUGGUGCUAGAGGGACGAUUGGGUACAUCGCUCCAGAAGUUCACUCCCGGGCGUUUGGAGUUGCUUCGACAAAGUCAGAUGUUUACAGUUAUGGAAUGAUGUUGUUAGAGAUGGUUGGCGGCAGGAAAAAUGUGAAUGCGAUGGCUGAAAAAUCUAGCGAACAAUAUUUCCCAGACUGGAUUUAUGACCACUUUGCACAAGAUGACAGACUGCAAGCAUGUGAUGUCACAAGUGAAAUUGAGGAAAAGGCAAGAAAGAUGACCUUCAUUGGUUUGUGGUGCAUACAAAUACUACCUAUUUAUCGCCCUACUAUGGCCAAAGUUCUAGAAAUGUUCGAGAGAAGCUUAGAUGAAAUGAAGAUGCCACCAAAGCAAAACUUUUCUGAACCAAUUGAAGAUCCACCUCACAAUAUGAGUGCACAAAGUGCAAGUUCCACCACUCGUGAAGAAAUAAGCUUUGCGAGUUCAGAAAACCUUCAGUACUUGCCAAGUCUUUGUUGGAGGAAUAUUACUUCGUCAGAUGGAGCAUAUAGAGAUUGCUACAUCAUGAAUUCUGACACUAGUCAUUUGGAAAAGGGUACUGAGAAGAAGAGGCGGUCCUCACAAGCAGAAGGCUGUUCCGGCUCGGCGACGAGGUGCGGCAACUUCACCAUCGCUGAACCAUUCUGGCUCGUCGACUUGAAGACGGGAAGAUCAUGCGGUCCACAGGACUUCGGGCUUGUUUGCUACAACAACAACACUCCAGUCCUACGCGGUACUGAAAUCUUGGGUUUCGCGAUCAUCCAGAUGAACUACAAGGAGCGCAGUCUGCGUGCGAGUGAUCUGGGCAAGCUUAAUUUACUGAACGCCUCCAACAGCUGUGGCUCGUUCCUCCCGAACUGGAACAUCUCUGCCAAACUGGGCCCCUGGCUUCGGAUCAGCAAAAUCAACCAGAACCUGAUCAUGUACAACUGCACGGAGGCGGCCGCGGCACAUUGGAUCGACAGAGAGCUGGUGGAGACGAAGAUGAGGUGCAGAAACCAGAGCAAGGUGCUUGCCAGCGUGAGAGGGCGUUACGAUGACAUGAGCGACUACGGCAGCUACGCGCUAGUAGAGGGAUGUGAUGCUUCCGUCAUGCCGGUGCUGGGCUCGUCGUUCGGCGUGGCAAACGCGAGCGACUACAAGCAGCUCAUCCGGGCCGGCUUCCUGCUGACAUGGGAUGAUGCCCCUCCUCUUGCAAGUAGAAAGAGGACCUUCACAAACAUCAUGCUAAUAGUUUCGACAUCUGCAGCAGCAACCUUGCUGUUUGCAUGCAUUUAUUUUCUGAUAUGGCAUAGAAAGGGCAAAGGACUACGGUUUCUCCUAUGCAAGGAGACUAGCAGCACCACUGAAAAGAAUUAUGACGCCAUGAUAGUAUCCUAUGGAUCCCUGGCUCCAAAAAGAUACAUGUACUCGGAGGUAAUGAAGAUAACGUCAUUUCGCAGUGAUCAGCUUGGAAAAGGUGGUUAUGGUGUGGUUUUCAAAGGAAGAAUACAUGAUGGUCGUUUGGUUGCUGUGAAAAUCUUGCAUGACUGCAAAGGAAAUGGGGAUGAAUUUGUGAAUGAGGUUAUGAGCAUUGGCAGGACCUCUCAUAUUAAUGUUGUUAGCCUACAUGGGUUUUGUUUGGAGGGAUCAAAACGAGCGCUUAUAUAUGAGUACAUGCCCAACGGUUCCUUGGAUAGGUACAUUUACUCACAGAACCCCAAAGAAAUUAUAGGAUGGGAGAGGCUCUAUGCGAUAGCAAUUGGGAUUGCCCGUGGCCUAGAAUACUUGCACCAUAGCUGCAAUACCCGAAUUGUUCAUUUCGAUAUCAAGCCUCAAAACAUCCUUCUAGACAGGUAUUUUAGUCCAAAGAUUGCUGAUUUCGGUCUAGCUAAAUUGUGUCAUACAAAGGAGAGCAAACUUUCAAUGACUGGUGCUAGAGGAACAAUCGGAUUCAUCACUCCGGAAGUUCACUCUCGAACAUUUGGAGUAGUUUCAACAAAAUCAGAUGUUUACAGUUAUGGAAUGAUGUUGUUGGAGAUGGUUGGAGGCAGGAGAAACGUAAAAUCAAUUGUAGCAAAAUCCAGUGAAAAAUAUUUUCUAGAUUGGAUUUUCGACCACCUUGCGCAAGGUGAUGGAUUACAAGCAUGUGAAGUCACAAGCGAAAUUGAGGCGAUCGCGAGAAAAAUGAUAUUAAUUGGCUUGUGGUGCAUACAAGUAAUACCUUUGUAUCGCCCCACCAUAACAAAAGUACAAGAAAUGUUUGAGAGAAGCUUAGAAGAUCUUGACAUGCCGCCGAAGCAGAACUUCUGUGAUCUAUUUGAAAGUUUCCCUCACAAUAUGGAUGUACAAAGUGCAAGUUCUACCAGACUUGAGAGGAGACAAGUCUUGUGAAUUAAAAAAUCUUACAAUGAUUUCCAACUC